UCGGGCUCGGGCUCGGGCUCGGUCUCGGCCUUGGCCCUUGUCUCGGUCUCAGUCCCGGUCUCCACCCUGCCGAAAGCGCAGCGGCGCCACUACAAGAACGCGUUCCACGCGCUGACGCGGAUUGGCAAAGACGAGGGCGUGCUGGCGCUGUGGAAGGGAGCCGGACCCACGGUUGUGAGGGCCAUGGCGCUCAACAUGGGAAUGCUGGCAUCUUACGACCAGAGCGUCAAAGUGUUCAAGGCGUUCCACUUCUCCGAGAUUCCCACAGUGAUAGGCGCGAGUGCAGUGUCGGGUUUCUUUGCUUCUGCAUGCAGCCUACCCUUCGACUACGUUAAGACGCAAAUACAAAAGAUGCAGCUGGGGCCUGAUGGCAAGUACCCCUUCUCGGGCUCUUUGGAUUGCGCCGUCCAGACGUUCAAAAAGCACGGGCCUCUCAAGUUUUACACGGGCUUUGGAACGUAUUGCGUGAGGAUCGUGCCCCAUGUCAUGAUGACAUGGAUAUUCCUCAACCAGAUACAAAAGUUAGAGACUCGCGUGGGCCUGUGAUUCUUUU